UCUCUUUCAGUUUUCCAAAGAAAAUAGACCCAAUUUUUCUUCUUGAGAAGAAACAAACCUACUGUUGGCAGAGGGUAUUUCUCAUCUCUCUGUGAAAGGAAGAAAGACAACACCAGAACCUGGGUGGCCCAGCUACUGAGAGAAGUUUCCAUGGUGAAGUCUUGGGGAGGCUUCCUGGGAGCUGAGCAUAGUGAAUGCUAAUCCGGAGCUGCUACUGCCGGCCUAGCCAACCCACGGGGAGAUGAUUCCUCAUGAAGGGCCUGGAUCCCCUACAGAAAUCCAAUGUGACUCUCCGUUUAUCAGAUUAAAACCGGAGCCAGCCAGACAGUGAAACAGCCACCGUGGAGGGGGGACGGCGAAAAAUGAAAUCCAACCAAGAGCGGAGCAAUGAAUGCCUGCCUCCCAAGAAGCGUGAGAUCCCUGCCACCAGCCGGCCCUCUGAGGAGAAGGCCACUGCUCUGCCCAGCGACAAUCACUGCGUGGAGGGUGUGGCAUGGCUCCCCAGCACCCCUGGCAGCCGCGGCCAUGGGGGUGGGCGGCAUGGGCCAGCAGGGACUUCUGGGGAGCUUGGUUUACAAGGAAUGGGUUUACAUAAAGCACUGUCCACAGGGCUGGACUACUCCCCACCCAGUGUUCCCAGGUCAGUCCCCACAGCCACCACGCUGCCCACGGUGUACCCUCCUCCUCAGUCCGGGACCCCAGUAUCUCCCAUGCAGUAUGCCCACCUUUCACACACCUUCCAGUUCAUUGGGUCCUCCCAAUACAGUGGACCCUACGCUGGCUUCAUCCCUUCCCAGCUGAUCUCCCCAUCAGGCAACCCAGUCACCAGUGCAGUGGCCUCAGCUGCAGGGGCCACCACUCCAUCACAGCGCUCCCAACUGGAGGCCUAUUCCACCCUGCUGGCCAACAUGGGCAGUCUGAGCCAGGCACCAGGACAUAAAGUUGAGCCCCCAUCGCAGCAGCACCUCAGCAGGGCUGCAGGGCUAGUCUCCCCGGGCUCCCCUCCACCCGCCCAGCAGAACCAGUACAUUCAUAUUUCCAGCUCUCCCCAGAGCUCUGGGCGGACAACAUCUCCUCCACCCAUCCCGGUCCACCUCCAUCCCCAUCAGACGAUGAUCCCGCACACCCUCACCCUGGGGCCCUCAUCCCAGGUGGUCGUGCAAUACAGCGAUGCUGGAGGCCACUUUGUUCCUCGAGAGUCCACCAAAAAAGCAGAAAGCAGCCGUUUGCAGCAGGCUAUGCAAGCCAAGGAGGUCCUGAAUGGGGAGAUGGAGAAGAGCCGGAGGUAUGGAGUGCCGUCCUCUGUGGAACUGAGCCUGGGAAAGGCAAGCGGCAAGUCAGUGCCUCAUCCCUAUGAGUCCAGGCAUGUGGUGGUCCACCCAAGCCCAGCAGACUACAGCAGUCGUGAUAGCUCUGGGGUCCGUGGAUCUGUGAUGGUCCUGCCCAACAGCAACACACCCUCAGCCGACCUGGAGGCACAGCAGGGCACACAUCGAGAAGCCUCCCCAUCUACCCUCAACGACAAGAGCAGUCUGCACCUAGGGAAGCCCGGCCACAGGUCCUAUGCACUGUCCCCCCACACGGUCAUUCAAACCACACACAGUGCAUCAGAGCCUCUCCCAGUGGGCCUACCAGCCACAGCCUUCUAUGCUGGGACUCAACCUCCUGUCAUCGGCUACCUGAGCGGCCAGCAGCAAGCAAUCACAUACGCCGGCAAUCUGCCCCAGCACCUGGUGAUCCCAGGCACCCAGCCCCUGCUCAUCCCAGUGGGCAGCCCUGACAUGGACACACCUGGGGCAGCCUCGGCCAUAGUCACAUCAUCACCCCAGUUUGCUGCAGUGCCUCACACAUUUGUCACCACCGCUCUGCCCAAGAGCGAGAACUUCAACCCCGAGGCGCUGGUCACCCAGGCCGCCUACCCAGCCAUGGUGCAGGCCCAGAUCCACCUGCCGGUGGUGCAGUCUGUGGCGUCCCCUGCCACGGUGCCACCCACGCUGCCGCCAUAUUUCAUGAAAGGCUCCAUUAUCCAGCUGGCCAACGGGGAGCUGAAAAAGGUGGAGGACCUGAAGACAGAGGACUUCAUCCAGAGUGCAGAGAUUAGCAGCGACCUCAAGAUCGACUCCAGCACGGUGGAGAGGAUCGAGGACAGCCACAGCCCCGGCGUGGCCGUGAUACAAUUUGCUGUGGGUGAACACCGAGCCCAGGUCAGUGUGGAAGUUUUGGUAGAGUAUCCCUUUUUCGUGUUUGGACAGGGCUGGUCAUCCUGCUGCCCUGAGCGAACCAGCCAGCUCUUUGAUCUGCCUUGUUCCAAACUCUCCGUUGGGGACGUCUGCAUCUCACUCACCCUCAAGAACCUGAAGAAUGGCUCUGUUAAAAAGGGCCAGCCCGUGGACCCUGCCAGUGUCUUGCUGAAGCACGCCAAGACCGACGGCCUGGCUGGCGGCAGACACCGAUACGCUGAGCAGGAAAACGGUCUCAACCAGGGAGGCACGCAGGUGCUCUCUGAGAACGGCGAACUGAAGUUUCCCGAAAAAAUAGGAAUGCCUGCAGCACCCUUCCUCACCAAAAUAGAACCGAGCAAGCCCACGGCCACAAGGAAGAGGAGGUGGUCGGCGCCGGAGACCCGCAAACUGGAGAAGUCAGAGGGUGAGCCACCUUUGACUCUGCCCAAGCCUUCGCUCAUUCCUCAGGAGGUUAAGAUCUGCAUCGAAGGCCGAUCGAAUGUGGGCAAGUAGAAACCGUGCGGGCAGCGGAGGCCCAGGCCUCCUUUGCUGUCUGUAUCCAGAUUACUGUACUGUAGGCUAAAUAACACAGUAUUUACAUGUUAUCCUGUUUAGCUUUGUGUUCUAACCUUGUCAUCAGAGUCAAACAGGUGUGUCGCAGGAGACUGGUGCGUUCGCAUUGUCUGCGAGUGUCUGUUGAGGAGCUGGCGGGUGGAGGGCGGUCAGAGCUGUGGCCAUGGAGCUCCAGGGCAUCCUGGGUGACCCUGAACGUGGCUUCAUCAGCACCUGCCAUCUCCAGCAGCAUGGAGCCAAGGGACAUCAGUUCCCACCUGGUUUCAGGAGCAAAGUCAGUGGGAAACGACCUGCAAGGGUGUCUGGGUGCGUUCCUGUGAAGGGGUGCGUGGGUGCCAUGGUAGUGAGUGAGGGUCUCUUUUUCUUUGCCCUCCCUCUCCCUCGCUUGCUCGCUCUCAGCAUGUGAUUGGGGGACCUGGAUUUCCCACAGGCCAAGUCAUCAUCAGGAGCCCAUCUUCAGGGCAAAUGUAGGGAGGCAUCAGAUAGCAGAUGGGAAACUAGUUUCAAAGAACGUAGUUCUCUCUCCAACAUAUUUUACAAUAAAAAGCAACUUUUAAUCAUAGAUAUAUAUAGAUAUAUAUAUAUUUCCCCCCAUGGGGCCUGACUGCACUGAGUUUUUAUUUUGAUUUUUAAGAGCAGCUGCCAUGCGCAGGAUUUCAUUUCUGCUUUACCAGUCUGGUGACAUCACUAGGUGUCAUGGUGGGCAGGGAAGUCCUUGUUCAUGUCACUCCUAGUCAGGUGGGUGGCAGUGGGGCUGGGGGACAGAGGGAGCACCCACACUUGUUUCUGUGCAGUGUUAGGAAAACCAAUUUGGUUAUUUGCAUUGACUUUUUGCUCCCAAGAGGAAAAUGCAAGCUCCCCUCCCAAGAGAGCUGAGCGGUAGCAUCUUUUCUGUCUUUUAGGUCUAGGACUGUUUCUAGUUCAUAACUAUGGACAACUCGGGUGCCGCUUUUUUCCUCAAUCCCAGUGUGACAUGAGGAAUUAGAUCUGGGAGAUGCACAUGUUAUUAUCUCUUAAGAAGUUAAGAAUGCUGUGCAGACUUCUUAACCAAGCAUCUUGGUCUGUCGUUCAAUGAGUACUGUAUCUCACUUUAAACUCUUUGGGAAGAAAAGACAAACCUAGGUUGCUUUCGAUUUUUUUUUUUUUUUCAACACU